AUGUCCAAUUACAUAUCACAGUACAGGAAUCUUCUUAGGAGGAUAAGGAAGCUUCCAUUCGACGCUAAAACUAUUCGGCAUGCUCGAGCCAAACUUAAGGCUCUAGCUGAUCAAUCUUCGAGAAGAUAUCAGUCCAAAUCUACCAAGCAAUAUAUUGCAGCAUUUGAUUCUCUACUAGUGGACGAAAAAUAUGACCACAUUCCUAGAAUCUUGGAUAUUAUUUAUAAAAAAUUGGAACCGUCACCAAUAUGGGUCAAAAACUACAACAAAAUGAAGUUUGGUGAUAUAAUAAGUCGAAUACCGCAGCACCAUCUCAUGGAGGAGUUAACCUCAGAUGAGAAAACAUUGAAAGAAUACCACGAGACUCUUGCGAAGAAAUAUAAGACUGAAGUACCGUGGCCAGAAUCAUCUUUAAGAGAAAUAGAUGAAGUUGGUACUCAGAUCUUUACGCCCAUUACGAAAUUUUCUACAUUACCUUCCAAAGAUAAGCUGGCCCUUUUCGAUAGCACAAUGCAAAAGUUUAUAGAAAACUAUGAUUUUGUUUACAGGAACCAACUACAAUUGACUCAUUUAAAGCUACAACCAUUGGAAAUAUUAUACCCUAUUACUCAAUAUGGCCAACCAUUGCCGCUUAACAGAAUAAAAAAGCUUCAAAGGGAGUAUUUGGCUAAGACAACUAAUAUUAUAUUUGAAACUAUUCCUCCAAUAAAGAAGGAGUACAUUUUCAAUUUGUAUGAUUUCGUGGCAUCAGAGAACAGCGAGGUGAACCCCUUCUUUUUCACGGCAUUGCAAAGGAAAAGGGAUAAAACAAAGGGGACUCAGUCUCCGUUGAGAAAGAAGUAUGAAUCACAAAGAAAUACACUACCCAGUCAGAAUUCUAUAAAAAAAAUCGUGAGGGAAUAUAUACUUGGACAGUAUUAUUGGGAUAGUAACUCAGAAAAAUAUAAGCUUUCUCCAAUGAGAGAGUUUUAUGAGACAAAUCACGCUAAGAUUGAAGGUAUUGAGUAUCCAAAAGGUUCGAAUUUAAAGUCAUGA